AUGAUGCCGAUGAGCCCAAAGCCGGGGCAUCAGACCCGCCCAUCAGACCAGAUCAUCAGACCAGAUCAUCAGACCCGCCCAUCAGACCAGAUCAUCAGACCAGAUCAUCAGACCCGCCCAUCAGACCAGAUCAUCAGACCAGAUCAUCAGACCAGAUCAUCAGACCCUCUCAUCAGACCAGAUCAUCAGACCCUCUCAUCAGACCCGCCCAUCAGACCAGAUCAUCAGACCAGAUCAUCAGACCCUCUCAUCAGACCCGCCCAUCAAACUAGAUCAUCAGACCCGCCCAUCAGACCAGAUCAUCAGACCCGCCCAUCAGACCAGAUCAUCAGACCAGACCAUCAGACCCGCUCAUCAGACCAGAUCAUCAGACCCUCUCAUCAGACUAGAUCAUCAGACCCUCUCAUCAGACCAGAUCAUCAGACCCUCCCAUCAGACCCACCCAUCAGACCCGCCCAUCAGACCCGCUCAUCAGACCCUCUCAUCAGACCCUCUCAUCAGACCCUCUCAUCAGACCCUCUCAUCAGACCCUCUCAUCAGACCCUCUCAUCAGACCUUCUCAUCAGACCCUCUCAUCAGACCCUCUCAUCAGACCUUCUCAUCAGACCCUCUCAUCAGACCCUCUCAUCAGACCCUCUCAUGAGACCUUCUCAUCAGACCCUCUCAUCAGACCCUCUCAUCAGACCCUCUCAGACCCUCUCAUCAGACCUUCUCAUCAGACCCUCUCAUCAGACCUUCUCAUCAGACCCUCUCAUCAGACCUUCUCAUCAGACCCUCUCAUCAGACCCUCUCAUCAGACCCGCUCAUCAGACCCUCUCAUCAGACCCUCUCAUCAGACCCUCUCAUCAGACCUUCUCAUCAGACCCUCUCAUCAGACCCUCUCAUCAGACCCUCUCAUCAGACCUUCUCAUCAGACCCUCUCAUCAGACCCGCUCAUCAGACCCUCUCAUCAGACCCUCUCAUCAGACCCUCUCAUCAGACCCGCUCAUCAGACCCGCUCAUCAGACCUUCUCAUCAGACCCUCUCAUCAGACCCUCUCAUCAGACCUUCAUCAGACCCUCUCAUCAGACCCUCUCAUCAGACCUUCUCAUCAGACCCUCUCAUCAGACCCUCUCAUCAGACCCUCUCAUGAGACCUCAUCAGACCCUCUCAUCAGACCCUCUCAUCAGACCCUCUCAUCAGACCUUCUCAUCAGACCCUCUCAUCAGACCUUCUCAUCAGACCUUCUCAUCAGACCCUCUCAUCAGACCCUCUCAUCAGACCCGCUCAUCAGACCCGCUCAUCAGACCCUCUCAUCAGACCCUCUCAUCAGACCCUCUCAUCAGACCCUCUCAUCAGACCCUCUCAUCAGACCCUCUCAUCAGACCCGCCCAUCAGACCCGCUCAUCAGACCCGCUCAUCAGACCAGCUCAUCAGACCAGCUCAUCAGACCCUCUCAUCAGACCCGCUCUGUGGACUCAGCUGCACCGGGGGCGAGCAGAGCGGAUUAGCGAGGCUUUGUGCUCAGAGGAACAUUUUGUUUCCCCACCAGCUCCGCUCCAUGUUGGCCAACCUGAGGCUGUGUAA